AUGGCCGGCCGCCAGCUGGCCGCGCCGCUGCUCGCCAUGCGCCCCCUCUCCUCCACGGCCGCUCCAGCCAAGUGGGCACAGCUUCCCGAGCCGGAGGCCGCCGGUGACGCCGGCCUGGUGCAGGUGUUCACGCGGGCAUGUGCCAGCGGCAAUGGUGACAUCGGUCUGAUUGCCCUGCGCCAGCCGGCCGCCAUGAAUGCCCUCACCGCGGACAUGGGCAACGCCUUUGGCGAGGCGCUGGCCUCGCUGGUGACCCCGGGCGAUGGCCGGGUUCCGGUGCGCGCGGUGGUCCUGUGCGGCGCCCCGCCCGAUGGCGAUGUGGCCGGCAUGCUGGAUCCGGCGGCUCGGGAUGAGGCCGCCGCCGCGGCCAGCACCUCCGGCCGGCGCCCGCCCCCGGCCGCCUUCUCGGCCGGUGGCGACCUGGCCUUCCUGGACAACCGCCUGGACACGGCGCCGGCCGACAAUGUGGCCAUCAUGCGGCGCUUCUAUGCGCGCUUCCUCCGGCCGCUGCGCGAGUGCCCGGUCCCGACCAUCGCCGCCAUCAACGGACAUGCCGUCGGUGCCGGCCUGGCCAUUUCCCUGGGCUGUGAUAUCCGUCUGGCCGCUGACUCCGCGCGCAUGGGUCUCAACUUCGUCAAGCUCGGCAUCCCGCCCGGCAUGGGUAGCACUUUCCUCCUGCAGCAGGCUGUCGGCCCGCAGGUGGCCGCCCGACUGCUGCUCACCGGCGACCUGGUCGACGCCGCCACUGCCAAGAGCUACGGCCUGGUGCUGGACACUUACCCCCUGGACAAGGUGGUCCAGUCGGCUGUCAGCUUGGCGGAGAACAUCGCCGGCGGGUCGCCAUACGCCGUGCGCGCCACCGUCAAGGCCCUCCGCACGCAUGUCGACCACCCGUCCACCAGCCUGGAGCUGGCUCUGGAGCGUGAGGCCCUUACCCAGGCGGCGGCGUAUGCCGGCGGCGACCUGGCCCUGGGGCUGAAGUCCAUCCGCGAGAAGAGCAAGGACUCCCUGGUCUUCCCGGAGUGGCGCGACCCCACCGAGUAA